AUGGAUAAAGCAUGGAUGUCUAAGUCAAGGCUGAGUGUUGAAUAUGAACAAGGAGUAAGGGAAUUCUUGGAAUUUGCAUUUUCCAAUACACUAUCAAAUCAAAUAUUGUGUCCAUGCCAAAUAUGUGUCAAUAGUGUUCUUUUGACCAAGGAUGAGGUAUACGAACAUCUUAUUAUUAAUGGUAUCUUGAAAUUAUACAAAAAUUGGUAUGAACAUGGAGAACAACCAUCAUCUUCUUCAAAUCCAAAUAUUUCACAUCAUGAUGAUUUGUCAAGCAAUGUUAAUGUGCAUAAAAUGUUGCAAGAUACAUUUGGUAUAUCAAAUGCUGACAUGAGAGAUGAAACAUCUCCUACUUUAUCUCCGGGAGGGCCGAAUAAUGAAGCUAGUCAGUUUUUUAAACUUCUUGAAGAUGCAAACAAAGAGUUGAAGCAUUCCCAGAGGGAGAGACAUUACCAGAAUCCUUUUAUGAAUUGGAAAAAGGUUGUUAAAGACUUGGGUCUUGAUUACAAAAAGAUAGAUGCAUGCCCUAAUGACUGUAUGCUAUAUUGGAAAGAAGCUACACAUGAUGAGAUUUGUAAGCAACCAAACCUUAUAUUAUCAUUAUUGAUACCUAGUCCACGUGGACCGGGGAAUGACAUUGAUGUGUAUUUACAGCCUUUGAUAGAUGAGUUGAAGAAUUUAUCGGAAUUUGGUGUUGGUACGUAUGAUGCACACACUAAUCAGUCAUUUGAAAUGAAAGCAGCCUUGUUGUGGACCCUCAGUGAUUUCCCAGGUUAUGCUAUGUUAUCAGGAUGGAGCACUAAAGGGCGUUUUGCUUGUCCUUAUUGUAAUAAGGACACAUGUUUGCAAUCAGAUAGAAAGUUUUUCAAUGGACCAGAAGAGUUCAAGGUCAUGCCAAAUCCUCCAUCUGCUACUCAAAUUUUAAAACAAUUGGAAGGUUUUCAAAAUGAAUUUGGGAAAGGAAACUCUAACAUGGCUUCAAAACGGAGGAGACAAGAACCAAAAGAUUCUAAAAAUUACUACAAUUGGAAGAAAAAGAGUAUAUUCUUUGAACUACCAUAUUGGGAGCAUAAUUUAAUACGGCAUAAUUUGUAUGUGAUGCAUAUUGAAAAAAAUGUAUGUGAUAGUUUUCUUGGAACAUUACUUAAUAUAGUGGGAAAAAGUAAAGAUACACUGAAGGCUCUUUUAGACUUGUGCGAGAUGAAUAUACGAGCUAAUCUUCAUCCAGUUGGGGUUGGAAAUAAAAUGUAUAUUCCUCCUACAUGCUACACUAUGAAUAAGCAAGAAAGGGAGAAAUUCUGUACUCUAUUGAAAAAUGUGAGAGUUCCAGAUGGAUAUUCUUCAAACAUUUCUCAUUGUGUAAAUCACAGAAAGAUCGAAGAUAGUAGGUCUGAAAGAGUCAUGAUUGUCAUGUGUGGUACGACAAUUGCUACCCAUAGCAAUCAUGAGGAACAUUAUCAAAAAGCCGGUUAUAAGAACUCUUGUUGA